GACAAGUUUAUUAGUAUUUUAGAUUCCUAGCGUGAAUGCUUCAUCUCUUGUGCCAAAAACAAUUCUUUUCACCACCACACACGAAACUUCUCGAUUCACUUUCCAACACCAAUAUUCUCCAUUUUCAAUCAUGACGAUGCCGCUUUUAAACCGUCGCUAAAAUUAAAAUCAUUAGCAACGAAAAAAAAUUACAAAAAAACCCAACCACAAAGAAAAGUUAUAGCUAAAAAGCACCGCCCUUUAGCCAAUAAAGUUAAAGCUAACCCUUUAGCCAGUACAGUAACCUCUUCAACUAUCUUCUUUGUUUCUCAUCUUUGACUUCCCAUUCUCAACGCCCAAUAUCAGAUCAGAUCAACUCUAUCUAUCUAUGUAAUUUUUAUAGAGGAAAAAGAAUCUAUACAGUAAGGAUUUUCGUUGAGAGAAAUUUCAAAUAAAGGCUUUCAGACCAAUCCAUGGGUUCUUUCAAUCCAACCAAACCCAAGGUUUGAUCUUUCUCCUUUUAAAUUUUCUCGAAGAAUAAAAAAUCCUUUCUGGGUUUUUCUUAGAUCUGUCUUUGCAAUCGAUUUCUGGUCUCUUUUUUUUUUUUAUGAUCUUCCAAGCUUUAUGGUUCUGGGUUUUUAGGGCGUACAAAAUUGGUUCAUAAAUUUGACCUAGUAAUUAGGGCUAUUGCUCAAUUUCUGAAUAUUGGGAAGUUAUAGUGUUUGAUAAGUGGAAAGAUGCAAUCUAGAAGAAACGAGGAGCAUGUUGAACUAUCUCCGACUGUUAAGUUGCGUAGUCAACACAGGACUGCCGCUGAAGUGGGUACUCAUGACCCUUAUCCUGUUUCGCGUUGUGAGGUGAUGAAUGAUCGGUCACCUCCACCUCGUGGACGGAGGAGUUGUAGUCCAAAAACCCUAGAUGUGUCUAGGAGGGGGGCUUCGGUUAGGGAUCGAAUGAGCGGAUCGAUGGAGGGGAAGGAUUCGUAUGGUUGGCAUUUGGGUGGUGGCAGCACUGAAAAAGCACGGUCAAGAUCACCCGCAUAUGAGCAAAUGCGUAAAAGGCCUCAUUUUGAUGAUGAGGGAUUUGUCAAUAGAAAAUAUGAUUAUGUUGCGCAUGUCGGUUUUGGUGAUAAUACAAACUCCACAGUAAGGGGUUCUUACAGGUAUGAUCAUGGUUCUUCUAGGAUGUGCAAAGAGAAGGACUAUAUGAAAAACAGAGUUACAAGUGUUGAUGAACAUAUGAUGGGUCAGAAAUUGAUCCCAGUGGAAGAUUUUGCUAAAAGAGUGCCACGUCGGUUGCCACAAGAUGUGGGUCCAAGCUUAAAUUAUGCAGAAACUAGUGGACAGUUACUGUUGUCCUCAGGUGGUAUUGAGCAUCGAGAAACUUUACCUUCAAAUAAGGGGAAAGUUAUGAAUUCUUACAAAGAAGAUAAACCCAUGUUCCAUUCUCAGGAUGCUGCAUAUGGUAUGGUGGCAGCUUCUCACUCAAGGGACUUGUUGAGCACUCCUCAGCUUAAGGAUUUUGCUGGAACAUCUUCUAGUAUCCCUAGGACUGAGCUUCUGAGUUCAUAUCAGGAUGAUGCACCCUUGCCUGUUUCUGAUGAAUAUCUUAGGAGCAACAGGAAGCUCACAGAAACUGUGGGAUAUAAUAAAUACAACCGAAGGCCACUUACAGAUUCUGUGGGAGAUCCUGAAGCUGCUAAAAGGAAUAUGUCAUUAUAUCAGCAAUGGACAAAUAGUCCGAGCAGGGCUGAGUAUGAGGAGUACCUUUACAGAAAACCUAGGGCAAUAGGAAGUAAUAAUCAUGGAUAUCUGGAUGAGGACUUAACAAGGAUGAUGCCUUCUCAAUCUCAAGUUAGCUAUGAAGAUGCUUCAAUUGAUUAUGGUCAUAGAGACAUGUCAAAACCAAAAAUUUUGCACCAUGUUGUAGAGAGGAUUGAUAAUACAAAUGAUUCUUAUGGAAAUUCAAGAAAGGGCAUCAUAUGGGAUGAUCAUACUCUGCAACCAAACUACAUAGAUAUGAGAAGAUCAUAUGCAUCAAUGCAAGGUGGGGAAUAUUUGGGUUCAGAACACACCUAUGUUGAGUCUGGAAGAAGACUACCACAAGAUUAUGAAAUAUCACAUUUGGAUGCAUCUCACAAUCGUCAAUUAUCAAAUUUGAGAUCUGAUUAUGGUUUUGGUAGAGGAGUAGGUCUAGAGUUUCAAAAUGAAAGAUUGAUAAAUUCUGAUGCAUCUGAAUUUGAUUCUGAGCAAUGCAGACUUGGUCUAAGAACAAAGAGAAUGGAGGAAGAGCCUGACAUGUUCUCAGAGAGGAUCCUUAAAAGGAAGUAUCUUAUGGAGGAAGAUGUUGGUAGGCCCAGUUCAAAAACUAUUGUAUCUAGCAAACUUCAUUCAGCUGGUGACUUUGGAGGUCCAUAUGAAAGUGAAGAGCAGAUUGAUGAAGAUAGGAUUGCUUUACAUGCAUCUAGGACAAAAGGAUAUGGCCACAAUGAAUAUAGAAAGGUUGGAAGGACAUAUGAUGGGCAAAACCAUCAUGGAGAUUUGGAAUUGGAUGACUGGUGUACGUCCCAAGGUUCUUUGGCACAUUCACAAAGGGUUCCAGUCAGGUUUUACAAAAAUAGUGGUAAAUAUAUCAAGGGAAAUCCCAGAACUGGUUCUUUUAACUGGCAUACUUCACACAACAAUGACAGAAGAAGUAACCUUCACAAACAAAACAAAGUUUGGAAAAGAAAUGAAGAUUAUGAUGAGGAUAUAAAUGCGAAUGAAGGUGACAUGACAGAAGAUUUAGUGAAUUAUGCAGAGGUUGAGCUGUCUGAGGAUUCAGAAGAAUUUAAGCAAUUGGUGCAUGAAGCGUUUUUAAAGUACUCUAAAAGGUUAAAUUUGAACCAGUCUGUUCGUAGAAGAUACAAGGAGCAAGGACAAGCUGGUAGUUUGUUCUGCAUCGUAUGUGGUAGAAGCUACUCAAAGGAGUUCAUGGACACCCAACGCCUGGUGAGACAUGCCUUCAUGUCUCACAAGGUUGGGUUAAGGGCACAGCACUUGGGACUUCACAAAGCAAUAUGUGUGUUGCUGGGGUGGGACAGCGUGGCACCUCCUGACACUAUAACAUGGGUUCCCCACGUCUUGCCUCAAGCUCAAGCUUUUGCUCAGAAGGAGGAUUUGGUUCUCUGGCCUCCAAUUGUUGUCAUCCAUAAUAUUUCCAUGGCAAAUAACAAUCCUCAAGAACAGAAGGUUCUUCCGAUUGAAGGGGUGCAGGCCUUUCUAAGAGGUAAAGGCGUUGUUGGGGGAAAAAUCACCGUGUGCCUUGGGAGGCCUGCAGAUCAAAGUAUUAUGGUGGUGAAGUUCUUAAGCAAUUUUACUGGACUGGCAAUGGCAGAGAGACUUCAUAAGUAUUUUGUUGAAAACAAGCGAGGGAGAGUGGAAUUUCACCGAACAACAUCAAACAAUGGCAAAAGCAGCAUUGAGGAAAUGGGCAUACAGGGUGACAAGUUGGAGGAACAGCUUCUGUAUGGUUAUAUGGCUAUUGCAGAGGAAUUGGACAAACUUGAUUUUCAUAACAGGAAAUGGAGUCUGGUAAAGAGCAAGAAGGAGAUUCAGGACUUAGCUAAUGAUCCUGUUAAAAUUGAAGAGAGGUGACUGUCUAAAAAAAAAUCAGAGGCCGAGGAUAGUGCUCUUGUUAGAUCUGAAUUGCCUCUUUAUCUUAUCCUUGAAAGAGCAUUUAUGUCUAAAACAAUAGUAGAUUUGGUCAACCUUAUUUUCUGCUAGCUUUGUAAUCCUAGUAUCCUACCACUAUUAAUGUAAACAGAAAUAAUUGCGAUGUAUUUUUUUUUCUACUUUUGGGGGUGUCUGUGGUUAGAUCUGAAAAUUUAUGUAUUUUUAUCGUAUAAACUAUCAA